AUGGAUUACGAUAAAAAGCGAGUGCUUUUCGAGAAAUUACGGAAUUUCUUUAAUGAUCAUAAUCAUGAUAAAAAAUCUGAAAAGGACAGCGAGAUUUUCAUUACUCUCUACCGUCAAUUUCUUGACGAGGAUGCACAUAUCGAUUGGAGCUCUUGGAAACAUAUAAGCGAUGAUGUUCAAAAAAAUGCUAGCGAUAUUCCACAAUUCGAUCCGAAAAGGGAAGACGUGAUUAAUAAAGUUGUUGUUUUGAAAUUGAACGGUGGCCUGGGAACUACAAUGGGCUGUAGUGAAGCGAAAUCGUUCAUUGAGGUUCGCGACGGACUCUCUUUUUUGGAUUUUGCAAUUGCACAACACAAUGAUUUUAAUCGCAAAUAUAAUGCUAAUGUUCCGCUUUAUCUUCUGAACUCCUUCUAUACUAAUAAAGCCACAGAAGAAAAGCUUAAAGCGAAAGACGCAAAAGGAAUUUUCACAUUUGAACAGUCGCGCUGUCCAAGAAUCUAUAAAGACACUUUGUUACCUGUUGAUGAUUCAGAGUGGGGCGAUGACGCAUGGUAUCCUCCAGGUCAUGGAAAUAUUUUCGAAUCUCUCGUCAAUACUGGAACACUUGAUAAGCUAUUAAGCGAAGGAAAAGAAAUCAUUUUUGUGUCAAAUAUCGAUAAUACAGGGGCUACAUUGAAUCUUUCAAUUGCUCAAUUUAUGAUUGACCAUGAUUUGGAUUACAUAAUGGAAUGUACGAAAAAAACAUCCAAUGAUAUCAAGGGUGGAACUUUAAUUGAAAUUAAUGGUCAAUUAAUGCAUUUGGAAAUGCCACAGGUUCCGCCUGAGAAUCUUGACGAUUUUUGUUCCACACGAGUAUUUAAAAUUUUUAAUACGAAUAAUAUUUGGGUGAAUUUGAAGGCAGUCAAACAACGCAUGCCAGGCAUUAAAAGCGAAAUUAUCGUUAAUCACAAGAAGGUUCGCGGAAAGGAUGUUAUACAACUGGAAACAUCAAUUGGGGGUUGCAUCAAAAAUUUCAGAAAAGCUUACUGUAUGCAUGUCGACAGGGAACGCUUUAGACCAGUUAAAAGAGUCGAAGAUUUAGUUGUUAUGUCUUCGAACUUGUUUAAAGUGAACGAUGAUCAUACAUUGCAAUUACGUGGGCAUCAUAUCCCAGCGAUUAAUCUCGGAGUGUUUUACUCAAAGAUUGAUCUCAAAGAAUCUCGAAUGCCCCACAUUCCUGAUCUUCUUGAGGCUAAUUCGUUCACUGUUAUCGGCGAUGUUUCGUUCGGGAAAAAUGUCAAGAUCAAGGGGGAUGUGGUUGUUGAAAACACUAAAUCGCAACAAGUUAAAAUUGAAGAUAAUACAAUACUGAACAAUGAGAGGAAGGUUUUUGCAUAA